AUGCAUCUGCUGCUGUUGCUGGUGACGUGGGCUUGUCUCGUAUGCCAAGUGUUCUGUGAUGAUGUCUCGGACUUUCUGACAAAGAUACCAGACUGCGCUGGAAGCUGUCUUGUCGAUCUCGUAUCAACAUCAACCUGUGGCAUUGACGUCCAAUGUCUUUGCGCCGACCCGAAACUCAAGACGCAGGUCGCAAGCUGUGUUCAGAAGAAAUGCCUGCCGAGGGACUCAUUAGCGACGCUGAAUGUCACCUCAGUUGCUUGUGAUUUUCCGGUGCGAGACAAGCAUGCGCAAUUCGACAUUUUGGCCAUUACGUUGGUUACAAUCACGGCGAUUGCGGUUGGUCUUCGGUUUUGGGAGAAGCUGCGAUACGAGAGGAAGUUCAGGCUCGAUGAUUAUCUCGUCGUAGCUGUCUUUCUACUUGAUCUGGGUAACACUAUUGUUUGUGUUCAUGGCCUUUCGGGCAAUGGUCUCGGGAGAGACGCAUGGCUUUUCAGCCCAGACACGAUCAACAGCUAUCUCUGCUACCUCUACAUUGGCCAAACCCUCUACGCCUCCGAUGUCUUCCUGACAAAGAUAUGCGUUGCCCUCUUCUACCUCCGAAUCUUCCCUGUGGUAACCGUCCAACGUCUUAUAUGGGGUACGAUCGGUGUUGCAGCCCUGGGCAUGGUCAUCUUCGACAUAUUGGCUAUCACACAAUGUCUGCCGAUUAGCUUCUACUGGACAGGAUGGGAUGAGCUGCAUGAGGGGCAUUGUCUUGGAAUCAAUCCAUUAGCUUGGGCUAUUGCAGCCGUGAGUAUCAUCCUGGAUGUUUGGAUGUUGGCCAUUCCUAUCUGGCAACUGGUCCGCUUGCAAAUGAAGUGGCAAAGGAAGCUUGCUGUAGCAGUCAUGUUCACUGUUGGUACUUUUGUCACCAUUGUCAGCAUCCUGCGACUGCGGUACUUGGUUGCUUUUGGGAACUCUCAGAACCCAACCUGGGACAGUUUCGAGACCUGUUACUGGUCAGUCAUCGAGAUCAACGUUGGCUUAUGGUGUGUCUGUCUUCCUGAUCUCCGAAUCCUUAUCCUCAAGGCGUUCCCAAGACUUGGAAGCUCUAUCGACUCGGGUCCCAGAAAUCCUCACCAAGGAUCAUCUGCACCCAGGCAGCAGGGAAGAACUCCGAGUACCUCGCGUCAUACCGAGAGUACCAUCUUCAAAGGAAAGCCAAGUCAGGCGCAGCAAGAAGCGUCGUCGAGCACGGCUGAGCUGGUUGAGAUGACAACAUUCAUGAAUGAUAGUAGGAGUGUAGUUUAG